GUGCUGCGACCGGAACCUAAAACCAAGGACCUAGGUUUCCGAGGGACGGCGGAGAGCGACGGCCCGGCGGAGUUAGAUGAGCGGCGGACCGCGAAGCGAUGAUGGCCGCCUGACAACCCGCGGGGAGGCGCCGGGAGCGGACGGACGGAGCGGCGGCAGAGGAAACGGAGCCUUGGCAGCGGAGGCAGCACAUUGGCUGUAAAAUGGCAGGCGAACAGAAACCUUCCUGUAACCUCCUGGAGCAGUUCAUUUUAUUAGCCAAAGGCACCAGCGGCUCAGCCCUCACCGCUCUCAUAAGUCAGGUCCUAGAGGCUCCCGGAGUAUAUGUCUUUGGAGAGCUACUGGAGCUGUCCAACGUGCAGGAGCUUGCAGAGGGCGCUAAUGCUGCUUAUUUUCAGUUGCUGAGCCUGUUUGCCUAUGGAACAUACCCAGAUUACAUAGCCAACAAGGAGAGCCUGCCAGAACUCACUACAGCCCAGAAGAACAAGCUGAAGCAUCUGACCAUUGUGAGCUUGGCAGCAAGAAUGAAGUGUAUACCCUACUCGGUGCUGCUGAAGGACCUCGAGAUGCGGAAUCUUCGGGAGCUCGAAGACCUCAUCAUUGAAGCCGUCUACACGGACAUUAUUCAGGGCAAGCUGGACCAGCGCAACCAGCUUCUUGAAGUAGAUUUUUGUAUCGGCCGAGAUAUCCAAAAGAAGGACAUCAACAGCCUGGUCAAGACAUUGCAGGAGUGGUGUGAUGGUUGUGAAGCUGUUCUCUUAGGGAUCGAGCAGCAAGUACUGAGAGCCAACCAGUAUAAGGAGAACUUCAGCCGCACUCAGCAGCAGGUGGAGGCCGAGGUCACUAACAUCAAGAAAACGUUAAAAGCCACAGCCUCGUCCUCGGCCCAAGAGAUCGAGCAGCAGCUGGCGGAGCGGGAGUGUCCCCCCCACGCUGAGCAGCGGCAGCCCACCAAGAAGAUGUCCAAAGUGAAAGGUCUGGUCUCCGGCCGCCACUAGGGCAGGCGGGGGCAGCCGGCACCCAGUGGGCGGGGAGGGGGAGAGCAGGAGGCCGCCUUCCUCCCCCUUGGUGGGUUCUGGAGCUGCCCGCCGGGCAAUCUGAGUCUCCCGCCUAUCAUCGACUCCCCCCGACCCAAUUGGUACGGUUCUAGCUAAACCACUCUCUCACUGCAGUUGUCCGCUUCAGACUCAGGGGCUCCAGCGAUGCCAUCUCCUAGUGUCAGACACUGCCCUAUUGCCCUCCAGCCUCCCCGUCUCCUGAGGGACUUUUCUCCCUCCUCGCCCGAGUUCUGCCCUCUCCAGGGGCCGGGUCGGAGGACGCUUUGGCCCGCCCCCGGCUGAGGCCACACCAAAUGUCCUCAGGCCCUUCCCAGUGCCAGAAGUGGUGCAGGCCAUCUGCAGCCGGGGCUCUCUGCCCCGUACCUCGCUGGCAGCUCUGAUUCAGCAGCCGAGGAAUGUGUCCUGGGCCGUGUUUACUAAACCCCCGGGUUUCUUGCCUCCUAAGCCUCGUUCAUGUUUCUCACCAGUUGGAAAGAACUGGCCCGUGAUGCCUGGGGAGGCAGUGGCACCCCACCAGACAGGUGCUGUGUGUCUGCUCAGUGUGGUGCUGGGUGGCAGGCGCUGCCUCUGCGGGUGGCAUGCUCCCUGUUGGCACCCUGCUGCCCCCGACUUCUCAGGCCUCCUUUGUCUAGCGCAGGGCUGCCACCGCUCAACUGCCUCCCCUCCUGAGAUCUUCUAAUUCCACGGGACAUGGUCCUGGGUGGGAGAGUGGGGCCGGGGUGGAGGGCCCCAUCUGGAGGAUUUGCUGCUGUGCCUCCUGCCCACUCUUUCUCCUCACUUGGCAGCGGUUGGCCCAACACCCUUUGACAGGGGCAUUCUGGCAAAGGAAAUGGACUUGACUAGCAUUUCUGAACUUGAACUGUUUCAGGUUGUAUUUUAAUUUUUUUGUACAGGUUUUGAUUCUAAGACAUUUCAACGUUUUUUCUUUUUUUUUCCUUUGUUGACAUUUGUUACCGAGCAACAGCGGGUGAUUCACACCUAGUUGGAGGGUUUUGUUUUUUCAAAAAUGGGAGGUGGGGAUUGUGACCUGAUGCUGAAACAACAGCUCAAAUGGAGGAAAAAAAGCACACUUUAGAAAAAAAAUAAAAAUGCCAAUUUAAUGUA